GGUACUCUAGUGUCCCAAGCUCGAUUCAACUCUUGCUUCUCAACGAGGUGCAGCGGACUCUCUGUCAGUGUUGAAAGUUAAAACGCUAGCCGUUUCUUUUCAAAAUUAAAAUUAAGAACUUAGCUGAUAAGAAAUGGAGAGCUUCAAGAAAACCAAUCUCCUACCAAUAGUUUGCAUCGUCCUCCUUCUCACAGGACAAGGUGCUGAUGCAUUUUUGGUGCCAGUAAUCGGCAGUAUCAUCGGGGUCGGUGCUGCAACGGUCGCUCUACCCGCAGCCCUCGGGGUGGCAGGAUUCACCGCAGCGGGGAUAACGGCUGGGUCGAUGGCCGCAGGAAUGAUGUCAGCAUCAGCAAUAGCAUCGGGCGGAGGAGUUGCCGCAGGAAGCGUAGUAGCGGUGUGUCAGUCAGUUGGAGCCGCUGGAUUGUCAUCAGCUGCCAUUGCGGCAGCGGGCGGCGCCGGUGCCGCAAUUGCCAAUGCUGCCGGUCCUUAAACAACCACUAUAGUAUAGGCCUACUUAUUUAAACUAAAGCAGAAUGAAAAGGAUGAGGUCCUCUUAUAGAGAUCAAUAUAUGACAACGUUAUUAUUCUAAGGACAUAUACACAUGUGUAUCAGUUAAGACAUUCUUGGGAUUAAACCCUAUACCUAAAUAGUGUUGGAAAAAUAAAUGCAGGCAUUUUUUGGCGAUAGCUCAUCAUAUGAUUCAUUAGAUCUACAUGUAUUUCAUUUUAUUUAAUACCUACAAAUAUUUUACCUACUUAAAAGAACCUCAACCUGCUAACAUGAAAUGAUUUUAAGUAAUUACAAAAUCAGCUCAUUUUAAUAGAGAUCGAUGGUCAAACCACCAUUUCAAUUAGUUCUUUCUCGUUAUGAUUUAAUGCAUAGGCUCGUUUCUUCAAUUCCAUUCCAGCUAAUCAAUAAGCAAGUUCACAAUUUAGCUCAUGAUCAUCUAAUCUCAAAUGACCUUUUUAAUUUUCACAAAGAUGAGCACUACAUCUCUUUAAGGCAAAACAUUCAAAUUCUAAGAACGGAAAACGAGACCGAGUGACAAGAAUAGCACUUGAAGGGUAAAGUUUGGAAAGCUGUUUAUUUUAUUUUAUUGUCUGCUUUUGGCACAUUUGACUAAUAGUUUGGGCUACUGUCAUAUACCAGUGAUUAUGAAGAAUUUGGGUCUUUUCACACGUGAAUCUUGAAUCAUCAUUGUAAUGUUGAUUGCUAUUAUAAUCGUGACUGUGAUUAGCGUUCGUGAUUCUGUUCAUGUUCUCGUUUGGUUUCACACGUGCUAAGUAUUCGUCAUUUAACCUUAUUUUUCACUGCAAUCAUCAUUCAAAUUACGAUUGUAUUUACCGUGUGAAGGGCGGUUUGUUACUCUUCAGCUUGGAUGUGAUUGAACAAAUAUUUUAAAAGUAAUAUAUGAAAAAUCAUGAAAACACAAUUAACAAUGUCAGUGAAUUUGAAAACCACUUUACGGUUUUUGACCUUUUACUGCUCUUGCGCAGUUUACUACCAUGAACAGGCCUAACAAAUCAAGUUCAAGAUUACAAAAUUAUUUUGGCUCACAAAUAGUUUCAAAGGUUUCUCUCAAGAAUGAUUAUUCUUUAUUCCUUCCAAACCACCCUUGAACUCAUUAGAAUAAAUUUGAAGCAGUCGGAGUAAAAUGCUCAAUUCAUUUGCUGUAUUGAGAGAUGGGGGGGGGGGGGGAGAAAGAACAUAAGGGGAAAUUCAGAUUUAGGGACGCACCAUUAGAUAUUCAAGAAUGUGGGGGGGGGGUGGAAGUCUUUCCAAAAAACACAUUGACUUGCUAUAUGAGCAAAAAAAAUUGACUCAGAGUAAAAAAACAACAACAAAACUUGGCCCACUGACAAAUCAUCUGAAGGGGGGGGGGGGGCUUGUCUCAAUGAAAUAAGGAAAAAAAAUACUCAAAGAAGAAAGGAGAGAAAAUUACAUCAACCCAAACUUCCAGCCCCUCCCCCCGUAUCUAAUGGUGCGUCCCUCUACAAUAAAUACACAAACUGCUAAAACAAACAUCACCUCACUGAGAUUCUUCCGUGUUUUUAAAUUUUAAUUUAGACCAUUUUUCUAUUAAAUGUUCCAAGUAUUACGUGUAUUAUAAAUUAUCUGCUUACCUGCAUAGAUGCAUGCGUUCAAUGUUCUGUUAUGUAUCCGAAUAAAAGAAUAGGCUACAAUAA